GCUGUCAGCCUAGGAUGAGCUGCACAGUAAAUAGGUUUUGAAUUCUUCCAGUCUAAAUUUAACUGGUGCAAGAGUCUGCAAACAGCAGGGCUGGCUAGCUAGCAAACCACAAUUGCCCGCAUCCAAGAUUUAUUUUCCUAUUUUUUUAAAUUUAAAAGUGGAGGAAAGCAAGGGAGCCUGCAAUGCCAGCUCAGCACAACAGAUCCAGGGCCAAGGAGCGAAACAAUGUUUUAAACAGACCUGAGUUCAUGUCUCUUAACCAGCCCGUGAGGAACCCUCAUGAGGGGAGAAGUCCGGCGAAGAAGUACAGUGGGCAGGCAGGGCCACCACAGCAGGCUCCCACCGACACCAAGGAUUCCGCCCAGCUACCAGAGGAGGACUGCAUGCAGCUUAACCCUUCCUUCAAAGGAAUUGCUAUUAACUCUUUGCUGGCUAUUGAUAUCUGCUUGUCCAAAAGGAUGGGAGUCUGUGCCAGGAGCUCGUCCACCUGGAGCAGUGCCAGGCCCAUCGUCAAACUGAUUGGAAUCACAGGCCAUGGCAUCCCCUGGAUUGGCGGCACACUGUUCUGCCUGACCAAGAGUUACACACCAGCAGGUCAGGAGGUCCUUCUAAAUCUUCUCAUGGCCUUGAUCCUGGACAUUGUGAUGGGGGCAGGACUGCAGAAGCUUGUGAAGAGGAGAGGCCCUUCUGAGGGGGCUCGAGGGAUAUUGGAUUACAUGGUCAUGGAUGUGUUUGCCUUCCCAGCGGCCCAGGCCACCCGAGCGGUGAUGGUGACCAGGUUCUUCCUCAACCACCUGGUCCUGGCGGUGCCCCUGCGGAUCCUGAUGGUCAUCUGGGCCGCAGUCAUCGGCCUGUCCCGCGUUAUGAUCGGGCGCCACCACCUGACCGACGUCCUCUGCGGGUUUAUCAUCGGCUACUUACAGUUCAACUUUGUGGAGUUGCUGUGGCUACCGUCUGGCACCUGCCAACUGCUGGCAUCAGCCAUUCCACUCUGACCACCACAGGAGCUGCAGGGAUGAAGCAGGAGAGAGGCGGCUAUGGGCGUGGGGUGGUGAGCACACACACACACACACACACCCCACCCGCAAAACCAUGGAACAAUAAUUUGUAAUGCCUCAUACAGCCUGCCAUUGAUUAACGCAGUUUGGGGAAAAAUUAAAAGACAAUUUUGCCUUUUAGAUUCUUUAGACGAUAGAAAUUUUGAUAAUUGCAUUUGAAAAUGGAAACGAUUUGCUUGUUAUGAAGGUUAGCUGGGUGGUGUGGGUGGGGGGAGGGGGUUGGCUGCCAAGAUCACAUAACCUUCAACUUAUAAACCAUGAAUGAAACUCUUAACAAUUCUGAAAGGUGACACAGUCUAUUGAAUAGGAACUGAUGGAACAUUCAACUGGUAGAAAUGUACGAAGGAUGCUGUCGUGUGUUACUGACGUCCAAAAUCUAGCUGCGCUUGCCAUCACUCUGCUGGGUUUAGUGAGGAUAUCUUACUGUCAACGCGAUGUGUUAUCGCCCAGUGACUUGCAAGUAAAUGGAUAAAUAAAUGAUCAUCGUGGAUUUAUAUGAACAUACAAGCGCUUGGGCAUGAAUUCAAAAGCUGGGUGUUGGCUCCCCAUCAGAGCAGCUGCUCCCAAGCCAGUGGCCGCACCAGGACCGCUGGAACCAGCCCAUUGACCAGCGCACGCACGCCAGCUGUGAGCCACAAACCGGUAAAUGAGAUGGACGCGCUGUAUUCAUGCAGUUCACCGCCAUUCAACCUCACUGGACCGGGAGGGCGAGUGCACUUCAGUGGCACAAGUGUUAGUGAAAGGACUGUGAUUGUGCGAUCUCCUGGAAUAAGCAUGAUGUUUUUGUUUAUGAAUGUAUGAAAUGCAUUUCUAUUCUGUACUGGUAUUGGGUGGAUGAUUUCCAAUAUAAAGCUUUGUUUGCCCUCUG